AAAAAAAAAAAAUAUUUGAGGAAUUCAAAAAUGAAUAAAACUGUGAUUUUAUCCAUUAUUUUUGGAUUUGUGCUGAUCAUUUCCAAUUUCUUCACACCGAUUGAGGCAAACAAAGUGAUAUUUUUUAAUCAAAAGCCAACGGUGCAGAAAAGUCAACUGCUAUCCACACAAAUAAUGUCGAAACCAUGUCCGAUGGGCAAAAUGAGAGAUCAUCGCAAUCGUUGUAGGCGUGCAAUAAUAUUUAGUAGUAGAAAGGCAAAGUGAGAACACAAACGAUAGCGCGCAAUCGUUAUCAAAUGGCACGCUUGAAAUAAUCACUUUCGAGUGUAUCGAAUCAGUCGAAUGUAAUUGGCAAGAAGGCAUGCCGAUUCGUGGUCAUUCCUCGCAGGCGCGUAGAUAAGGCGGCGAAAACAUAUGUAUAUAUGUACAUAUUAUAUGUACUUAGUUAGAUAAUUAAUAAAAUAAUGUAUAUAUAAGUUAUUUUCAAUAUUCGUUUCUUUUAUAAGCUCGAUAAUUGUUUAAGUGAAUGUGUAAAGUAUGUGUGUGUAAUUAAUUGUUUGACUGUAUUUAUGUUUGUGAAUGU